GGUAAGCAGACCUUUAUCUUGCGCCCGCCGUCCUGUCUUCUCAACGCAGGCAGGCGCUUUACUCUCUUCUUUCUUUACUGACUCUGUAGGCCGCCAUGCAGAUUUUCGUAAAGACCCUCACGGGCAAGACCAUCACCCUUGAGGUGGAGUCUUCGGACACCAUCGACAAUGUGAAGUCCAAGAUCCAGGACAAGGAGGGCAUUCCCCCGGACCAGCAGCGUCUCAUCUUCGCGGGCAAGCAGCUCGAGGAUGGCCGCACCCUCUCCGACUACAACAUCCAGAAGGAGUCCACUCUUCACCUGGUGCUCCGCCUACGUGGUGGUGGCAAGAAGAGGAAGAAGAAGGUCUACACCACCCCCAAGAAGAUCAAGCACAAGCGCAAGAAGACCAAGCUCGCUGUGCUCAAGUACUACAAGGUUGACGGCGACGGCAAGAUCGAGCGUCUUCGCCGUGAGUGCCCCCAGCCCGAGUGCGGUGCUGGUGUCUUCAUGGCUGCCAUGCACAACCGCCAGUACUGCGGUCGCUGCCACUUGACCUACGUCUUCGACGAGGCCAAAUAAGCGCGUCGCCCACCACGAUCGAUACGAGUUACGACAUCAAGGCAAUUAUGGAGGACUGAAAAGGC